CUCAAAUCCGAAGAAAUAGAUACUAGAUUUCAAUUCACGCAAGCACCAACCCCAUUGUAGGAGCAAUAACCUGCAGUUAAAGUUUGUGCAUUAUGGAAGACCAAACCCAGAGAAAACCCAGAAUCCUGUGCCUCCAUGGAUUCAGAACCAGUGGCGAAAUCCUCAAGCAAUUGGUCUUAAGAUGGCCAGAAUCUGUGAUACAAAACUUGGACCUGGUGUUCCCCGAUGGCCAGUUUCCUGCACAGGGAAGAUCUGAUGUUGAAGGCACUUUUGAUCCUCCUUACUAUGAAUGGUUCCAAGCCAAUGAGGACUUCUCCGGGUAUAGAAACUUCGAAGAGUGUUUAGCAUACAUAGAAGAUUUCAUGCUAAAAAAUGGUCCUUUCGAUGGUAUAUUGGGUUUCUCUCAGGGAGCAAUUUUAGCAGCUGCAUUACCAGGAAUGCAAGCGCAGGGUGUAGCACUUGGGAAGGUAGAAAAGAUCAAGUUUUUGAUUGUGAUAUCCGGAGCCAAGUUUGGUGGAAACAAGUUUGGAAUGCCUGAAUUGGCUUCUAAGGCAUUUUCAAAACCAAUUGAUUGUUUAUCUCUUCACUUUAUUGGGGAGAAAGAUUUCAUGAAGGAAGAGAGCGUUGCUUUGUUGGAAGCAUUCCAGAAUCCUGUUGUGAUUCAUCACCCCAAAGGACACACAGUCCCCAAACUUGAUGAUAAAAGUCUUGAAAUUAUGGUUAAUUUUAUUGACAGCAUUCAGAGGAUGAUUUAAGAUGGUGAUAUCAAAACUUGAAUCUUAUGCAAACUUUCUGUCAGUUUUCUAUCUUGUAACAAUAUUAUAAAACUUCACUGAAACCAUAUACUAAUGAGGAUUUUCCGCGAUAAACUCCAAUAUAUUAAGUCAGCAUCAAUGAAUGGUUAAAUUUGAAAGGGUUUAUUUUGUUA